AUGCAGAAUCCAUUUUGGUCCAUUUUACUUUCUCUGCUGGAAAAGCUGAAUGGUCAGAUUCUCCUGGUGAUUCUGGUCACGUUUCUUUUGAUUGUUGACCUUUUGAGAAAGAGACGUCCCAGGAAUUUCCCUCCAGGGCCACAGCUUUUUCCUCUUGUGGGAACCUUUGUGGAUUUUAAGCGGCCCCUCCACCUUGCACUGCAGAAGCUCACUCCUCGGUAUGGCAACAUCUUCAGCGUGCAGUUUGGAAGCCUGACAUUUGUGGUAGUCAACGGAUACCAGAUGGUGAGAGAAGCUCUUGUCCAUCAGGCCGAAAUAUUUGCAGAUCGUCCGAACAUUCCACUUCUUCAAGAAAUUUUUAAAGGCUUUGGGCUUAUAUCAUCAAAUGGGCAUAUAUGGAGGCAACAGAGAAAGUUUGCUUUGUCAACACUGAAAAGCAUUUCUGUAAGCUUUGAGGAAAAAGUGCAAGAGGAGAGCCGAUAUCUUGUGGAGAUAAUAGAGGAAGAGAAAGGUCAACCGUUUGACCCUCAUUACAAAAUUAACAGUGCCGUCUCAAACAUUAUCUGCUCCAUAACCUUUGGGAGCCGCUUCGACUACCAUGACAGCCGCUUCCAGGAGCUGCUGCACUCGCUGGCUGAAACCCUGCUACUCCUAGGGAGCUUUUGGGGCCAGCUGUAUAAUGCUUUCCCCUUGGUAAUGAGAUGGCUUCCAGGACCCUUUAGGAAAAUCUUUAGGCAUUGGGAGAAACUGAAAUGCUUUGUGAAAGGAGUGAUUGCAAAACACAAGGAGGAGCUGAGCCUGGCUGAAUCAGGGGAUUACAUUGAUUGCUACCUGAAGGAGAUAGAAAAGUGCAAGGGUGACCCCAGCUCUUAUUUCCAUGAAGAAAACCUGCUGUGCUCCACCCUGGACCUCUUUCUGACUGGCACCGAGACGACUGCCACUGCUAUCCGUUGGGCCCUCCUCUACAUGGCCACGUACCCCCAUGUCCAAGAGAAAGUGCAGCUGGAAAUCGACAGCGUGAUCGGGCAGUCGCGCCAGCCGGCGAUGGACGACAAGGAGAACAUGCCAUACACCAGCGCGGUGCUGAGCGAGGUGCUGAGGAUGGGCAACGUUGUGCCCCUGGGGGUCCCCAGGAUGUCCACCAGCGACACCACCCUGGCAGGCUUCCACCUGCCCAAGGGCACCACACUGAUGACCAGCCUGACUUCUAUCAUGUUUGAUAAAAACGUGUGGGAGACACCAGACACCUUUAAUCCUGAGCAUUUCCUGGAAAAUGGCCAGUACAGGAAGCGGGAGGCUUUCCUGCCUUUCUCUGCAGGCAAGCGGGCUUGUCCCGGCGAGCAGCUCGCCAGGACGGAGCUCUUCAUCUUCUUCACGGCCCUCCUGCAGAGAUUCACCUUCGAGGCACCGGCGCAUGCAGCACUGAGCUUCGACUUCACGCUAAGCCUCACACGCUGCCCCAAGCCCUUCCAGAUCCGGGCGCUGCCUCGCUGUUAA